CUUCUCAACUCUUUCUUCUAAUGUUUUAUAACAAAUUGUUAUUAUAAGAAACACAAAUAUGUUGUUAUAGUCCUUUUUUUAAUGACAUGUUAUGAAGUGACUGAUAAGUUCAUUACCAGGUUGUGUUCUUCUGUGAAUUGUUGUGGUCCAGUCCAGUAAGAUAGUUUAAGAUUGUUGUCAGAGUGUCUUGAAAGCAAAAUCUGUGAAGCUGAUAAGCCAAGUUACCUCUUUUUUUUUAUAUGUUUAUUUCUCUGUUCUUAAGGUCCUUGAGUUUGUGAUGUGAUGAUGACUGGUACUACUUUGAUAUUGGAACCAGCUAUGGAUUCCAAAGAUGAGCUAGUGAAACAACAUGCCAAAGUUGCAGAAGAUGCUGUUGCUGGGUGGGAGAAAGCUGAGAAUGAAGUGGUUGAGCUGAAGCAAAAGCUCGAGGAUGCGGUGGAUAAGAACAUUGUCUUGGAAGAUAGGGUAAGUCAUCUUGAUGGGGCACUUAAGGAGUGUGUUAGACAACUAAGGCAGUUUAGAGAUGAACAAGAGAAGAAAAUUCAAGAAGCCGUGACUGAGAGUACCAAGGAGUUGCAAUCUGCUAACACUGGUCUAGAGAGGCGAGUUCUUGAGCUCCAGAAGGAAGCAGAAGCUGCUAAAUCCGAAAUCAUGAUGAUGAGACGCGAGUUUCUUAGACAGCGUGGAGAGCUUGAGAUUGUUAUGAUUGAGAGGGAUUUGAGCACUCAAGCAGCUGAAACUGCUAGUAAACAGCAUUUAGAUAGCAUAAAGAAGGUGGCGAAACUCGAAGCUGAGUGCAGGAAGCUUAGGAUUUUGGCUAAAUCAUCAUCAUCUAAUCAAUCCUUAGAUAGUCAUUCAGAUGGAGGAAGGGAGAGAGUUGAGGGGAGUUGCUCUGAUUCAUGGGCAUCAUCAACAUUUAUUUCUGAGUUAGAUCAAUUCAAGAAUGAAAAAGGCGGCGAUAGAAGUCUUCAGGGAACUACUUCAUCCACUGAAAUUGAUCUCAUGGAUGAUUUCCUUGAGAUGGAACGUCUUGUGGCUCUGCCUGCUGAGACACAACCUAAAAACUCCAAGACUGAAUAUGAAAUGAGCUUAAUGGAGAAGUUGGAGAAGAUACAAACAGAAAAGGAUGAGCUUGAAAGCGAAGUUAAAUGUUGUAGAGAAGCGGAAAAGAGAUCGAGAUUAGAGCUUGAAGCUGUUGUUGGUGACAAAAUGGAGUUGGAAGAUAUAUUAAAGAAGAUUGAUGCUGAGAAAGCUGAACUAAAGAUAUCACUUCGAACAUCUAGAGUUUGUUUUCAAGACGUUGAGAUGAAAUUGGAGAAGCUACAGGCAGAAAAGGAUGAGCUUGAAAACGAAGUUCAAAGUUGUAGAGAAGCAGAGAAGAGAUUGAGCUUAGAGCUCGAAGCUGCUAUUUGUGAUAAAAUGGAGUUUGAAGUUAUAUUAAAGAAGACGGAAGCUGAGAAAGCUGAACUACAGAUAUCGUUUGACGUAAUCAAACAUAGAUAUCAAGAAUCUAGAGAUUGUUUUCAAGAAGUUGAGAUGAAGAUGAAAAAGCUACAAGCAGAAAAAGAUGACUUUGAAACUGAAGUUGAAUGUUGUCGAGAAUCGGAAAAGAGAUUGAACUUAGAGCUUGAAGCUAUUGUCGGUCACAAAACGGAGUUGGAAGAGAAGUUGGAGAAGAUGGAAGCUGAGAAAACUGAGCUAAAGAUAUCUUUUGACUUAAUUAAAGAUCAAUAUCAAGAAUCUAGAGUUUGUUUUCAAGAAGUUGAGAUGAAGUUGGAAGAGAUCAAAAGGGAGCUUAAACUAGCUAAUGAAUCAAAAACACAAGCUGAAUUUCAGUUCAUCAGAAUGGAAGCAGAGGUGAGAAAGGAGAGGUGUGUUUCUGAUGAGCUGAGGGAAAAGUGUGAGGCUUUUGAAGAAGAGCUUAGAAGAGAGAUAGAAGAGAAGACAAUCAUCAAGGGAGAAAAAAUAGAACCAAAGAUCAAACAGGAAGACAUAGCAACAGCUGCAGGAAAAUUUGCAGAUUGUCAGAAAACAAUAGCAUCACUAGGGAAACAGCUGCAAUCCCUUGCAAAACUUGAAGAUUUCUUGAUGGAUACAGCGAGCAUUCCAGGUUCUGCAAGGUCAGUUCACAAGAAGGAAGUUUUUUUAGGAAAAGAACCUCAUGAGUGCAUCAAAACAACCAAUGGAAGAUCACUUGAAUUUCUUGCAAUCAAGAACAGCAACAACAAUACCUCACCUCCUUGUUCAUCUUCUUCUGAUUCAACAACAGUGUCAUUAAUUAUGACAUCAAACCGAGGGAGUUCUGAGAAGAAUCGCAAUGGAUUUGCCACGGUUUUCACUCGAAGUAGAAACGCAAUACAUUUGGGGAUUUAGGAGAAGCUAUACGUUCUUGCAGUAGCUAGAGUCUAUCUUAUGUUAAACCGGAUUUUUACCAUAAAUUUCAGAUUCUCACUUGUUAGUAGCAGAAAGAUCACCCUUGUCUCUUCUGCUACUUAAUGUAAUCUUCUUAACGUUAUAUGUCUUGUGAGAUUCAUCUUUGUUAUUUCAUUUUUACCAAUUUGAUGGUCUCAUAUGAUGUAUUAUGGUUACUUAAUUGCCGGACAAGUAAAAUAUUGUUUUUGGUUCUA